AUGAAGACACUGAUUUUAAUUGUCCUGAUCAUCUUCACCUUGCUGUCUUCAGGGAAGAAGUUCCGGUGGUGCACCCUUUCUGACCUGGAACAAAGAAAGUGUGCUGAACUAUCCAAAGCACUUCCGGCUGUGCUGCCCAUUGCUGCUGUCAAUUCCUUUAAUAGGAUUUCUUGCAUCAGAGCCCACAACACACAUGACUGCAUUGACAAAAUCAGGGUGAAUAAAGCAGAUGCUGCCUCUUUGGAUGCUGGAGAUGUUUACUCUGCUGUGAAGCUGUAUGGUUUGACAGUGGUGGCAAAGGAGAUGUAUGAUCAAGGAAACUGUGUUUUUGCUGUGGCCGUUGCCAAACGAGGAACUCUGGAUAUCCAGAGGCUACAAGGUGCACGCAGCUGCCACAAUGGAGCCAGGUGGACAUCGGGCUGGAAUAUCCCACUUGGCUUUCUUCUUGCAAGGAAUGACCUUUCCUGGGAUGAGUCACAACCUCUGAGCCAAGUGAUCAGUGACUACUUCAAUGCAAGCUGCAUACCUGGUGUUGGUGUUGCUGCUCCUCGACUGUGUGCUCUCUGCCAAGGACAGAAGUCCUACGUCAGGGACAAGAACCACUUCUGUGAGACAAGUGGUAAUGAACCCUUCUAUGACUCUGAGGGAGCUUUCAGGUGCUUGAAGGAUGGAGUGGCAGAUGUUGCUUUUUUAGAUCAUCUGACAAUUAUGAGUGCCACAGAGGCAGAGCAGCAGGAGUAUGAGCUCUUGUGUCCUGAUGGGACUACAGCUGGGCUGGCUGAGUACAGCAUCUGUAACCUGGGCAAGGGGCCUGGCCGUAGCAUUGUCACCCGCCACAACUUCCAGAAGAUCACCAACAAAUUUCUGAGCACAAUCCAACGCUUCUUUGGGCGGAGAGGAAAGGAAAGAGCCAGGUUUGAGCUCUUCGCUUCAGCACCCUUCGGGGGAAGGAACCUGCUGUUUCGAGAUGCCACUCAGCAUGUGCAGCUUCUUGAGGAGCACCUAGAGAUUGCCCAUGUCCUUGGUCUGGAUUAUGUAGCUCUCCUUAAAGGACUAGGCCAUGAAGGGAGCUCCUUGGACAACAGCAUUGUGCGCUGGUGCUGCAUCAGCGAUGCUGAGCUGCUCAAAUGCGAGGAGUGGGCCCUGAGCAUCAAAUCGGACCCUUUAGUCUGUGUCCAAGCAACUUCCAUGACCAAAUGCAUUGAAAUGAUCAAGAGCAGUGAGGCUGAUGCAGUCACCCUGGAUGCAACACAUGUCUACAUUGCAGGGAGGUGUGGAUUGGUGCCUGUAGCAGCAGAAUGUUACGGGGUAGACUGUGUCCCAGCUACUGAGAGCACAGAGGACACAGGGAAAUUGAAUCAUCCUAAGCACAAAGCUCUGCCAUCUGUCUAUGCUGUUGCCUUAGCUAAGAAGAGUGCCAAGCAGAUCAAUAUCCAUAACCUCAGGGGCAGGCGAUCCUGCCACAGUCACCUCUAUAGUCCUGGAGGAUGGUUACUUCUUUCCAGAUACACAGUUGGAGCUCUUGAGAAUGAGACUGGGAACUGUGACAUUGGCUCUGCUUAUCAGAAUUACUUUUGGAAGAGCUGCAUGCCAGGAGCAGAUGGGAACCUGUGCAAGGUGUGCAUUGGAGACAGUGAGAUGGAAGGGGCCCGAGUGUCCAGCAGGUGUGCUGCCAGUCACAACGAACGCUACUAUGGCAACAUGGGAGCACUCAGGUGCCUGGUUGGCAAUCCCAGCGGAAGAAGCUUCGGAGAUGUAGCUUUCCUGGAACACUCUCAGCUGCUCCAGAACAUAGCGAAUCUGGACAAGUCUGGCUGGGCCAAAGGUUACAGCCCUCUUGACUUGGAGCUGCUGUGUGUGGAUGGGACACGUGCUGCAGUCACAGAGUGGGCAGCCUGCAACCUUGGCCCUGUCCCCCCCAGUGCAGUCAUGACGCGCCCUGUCACCGUCACUAAGAUCUCUGACUUCCUAACCAAGUCCCAGGAAUUUCUGGGAAGCAAACUGGAUUCUGGAUUCCAUCUCUUUCAGUCCUGGAAGUAUGGUGAAAGUGAUCUCCUUUUCAAAGAUGCUACUCAGCACCUUGUCCGUGCAAGUCACAUGAGCUAUCAGGACAUUCUUGGAGCAUCUUUCUUUCAGCUGGCAGAAUCAGUGUUCAAUUGCACACCUGCAGGCAUCUUAGACUUCUGCAACCAGAACAUCUGUGCGUCCUCGAACUGA